CCAACUAUCAAACCACUCGUAGUGCUACUGCUAGCCAUCGAGUUUAAUGAGCUUUUAAAAUGGCGCUGUCGAAAUCAUCAAACACUUAUGGACGAACAAGUUGGGAAGACUCGGAGUUUCCGAUUCUUUGUCCCACAUGUCUGGGUGACAACCCCUACGUACGGAUGAUGAAAGAAAAGUUUGGUAGUGAAUGCAAGAUCUGUGUCAGACCUUUUACAACUUUCCGAUGGUGCCCUGGUGCACGUAUGCGCUUCAAGAAAACAGAAAUUUGUCAGACAUGUGCAAAAUUGAAGAAUGUUUGUCAGACAUGUUUACUAGAUCUUGAAUAUGGACUUCCUAUUCAAGUCAGAGACCAGGCCCUUAACAUCAAGGACAACAUUGCUAAAUCUGAUGUGAACAAGGAAUAUUUUAUUCAAAAUGCAGAAAAACAGUUGUCUGCAACUGACCAUGGUGUCCCUGGUGCUGCAGGUGGUCCAGGGAAAAGUCACCCUCCUUCAGAUCUCCUGAUGAAGCUGGCCCGCACAGCACCUUAUUACAGAAGGAACUUACCUCACAUUUGCUCUUUCUGGGUGAAAGGAGAAUGUAAAAGAGGAGAGGAAUGUCCUUACCGUCACGAAAAACCAACAGAUCCAGAUGAUCCAUUAGCAGAUCAGAAUAUCAAAGAUCGUUAUUAUGGCACAAAUGAUCCCGUGGCAGAAAAACUAAUGCGUCGAGCGGCCACGCUUCCUCGUUUAGACCCUCCCGAAGACAAGUCUAUUACCACAUUGUAUGUGGGUAACAUUGGCGAGAAGAUGCUAGAAAAAGAACUGCGUGAUCAUUUUUAUCAAUAUGGAGAAAUUCGUUCCAUCACCAUCGUUUCGCGACAGCAAUGUGCGUUCGUUACGUAUGUUACGCGUUCAGCUGCAGAGCUAGCUGCCGAAGGAACCUUCAAUAAAUUAAUUAUACAGAAUCGCCGUCUUGUCAUACGCUGGGGUAAAUCUCAAGGUAAGCAGAAUAUACCUGGAACGACAAACACCGAAGCUGGUGCUCGUUUCGAACCUGUGCCCGGGCUGCCACGGGCUUUGCCUCACCCAGAAGAACUGGAGCAUAAUUUUUUCAAUUUAACUCCCACAACUAGUGCGUUCCCAUCUCCUUAUCCACAAUAUGCGCCACCUACCUAUCCAUUAAUGGCUCCUCCACCACCUAACCCUACGCCUAAUCAGCCCGAACUUCCAAGUUUUCUUGUCGAGGGUCAAUCUGGCAUUCACUAUCCUUCUCAAGAUCCGACCCGUCUUGGAGCGAUUAACAAGACGAGACAAACCUAAAGAGGCAGAUUGUUUCGGAAUUUUGAUACAUUUGUCUGUAUUUUGUAUUUCCGUUUUGGAACUUAAAAUGUCCCGAUAAAGUU